AUGCAUCGGACUUUGUGGCGCGUCAUGGGAUAUUGGCUGAUUGAUUAUAAUCUUCCUAAUCUCCGGCUGUUCGAGAGUUGUCCAGGUUUCAGAACACAUCUUCUUUGCCUUUUCGCCCCCAUACAUGCGAAUGGAACCAGAACCUACAUCAUGAGCACGGAAACCAUGCAAGCAGUGGUCUAUGAAGGCCCCUUCAAUAUUGUUGUCAAAGAGAAGCCUAAGCCUGUAGUGAUUGAUGAAACGGAUGCUGUCCUUAAAGUGCACAUCGCAGGUGUAUGUGGGAGUGAUUUGCACAUGUAUCGAGGACACCAAAAGACGACCACAGGACAUACUAUGGGACACGAGUUCAUCGGUACUGUUGAGAGCGUUGGGUCUGCCGUUUCCAGGUUCAAGGCUGGCCAGAAAGUGAUGUCUAUUUUCUCUCCUAUGUGUAUGCAAUGCUGGUUCUGUCAACAUGGGCACACAAAUCGAUGCGUCAACGGGCCUUCUUUCGGAAGCAUGUCCUUGGAUGGCGGACAAUCCGAAUACGUCCGCGUUCCUUUUGCCGACAGUACUCUCGAGUUCAUACCCGAGGAAGUUAGCGAUGAAAUGAUGAUAAUUAUGUGUGAUAUUUUCCCGACGGGUUACUACGGAGCCAUGAAGGCCAUCACAAAGCUGAUGCGCAACAAUGACACAGCUGAGUCGAUCGUCGGAGGGACGCUACACGCCCCGUCUGCUCUUCGUCCAGAAUUUCAGAAGAUCACACUUGAUAAGGCGGUUGUUGUAUGUCUCAGGGUGCGGUCCCGUCGGAUUAUGUGCAAUCCUCACAGCCAAAAGGAGGCUCGGAAGAUGGGCGCGCAACCGCUGAAACUUGGAACAAAUGAUAUUCCAGAAAUUGUCAAAGCUGCCACAGAUGGCCGAGGAGCAGAUGCUGUGGUUGAGAGCGUGGGCAAUAAAUCAGCAAUGCGACUCGCCAUUGAUUUGGUUCGAGCUUGUGGUGUUGUUUCCUCUAUCGGCUUCCACCAGGGAGAGCUACCUUUCACGGCCUUCGAAGCGUAUUCUAAGAAUCUGGAUAUCAAUAUGGGGCGCGCAGCAGCCAGGCCAGUCUUUGGCGAAGCGUUGAAAGUAUUUUCUGAGAACCAAGAUAAAUUUUCAGAUUUUAUCACCCACCGCAUGCCGUUGGCAGAUGCACCGAUCGCUUAUCAAAUUUUCGAGAAACACCAGGCUCGGAAAGUGAUCCUAACC